AACCAGGAAGUGGACGACAGCUCACUGUUGUUGUGUUUGUCGCUCAUCGACAGAGCUCCGUGACUCAACACAACGCUCCUCCGACAUGGCGACGUUUAUUUCCGUUCCCCUGAAGAAGUCGUCCGAAGUGGACCUGGUCAAGCCGCUGUCCAAAUUCGUGACAACGACAUACCCGGCGGGCGAGGAGCAAACGCAAUACAUCCGCGCCGUAGAGGAGUUGAACAAGCUCCGCAAGAGUGCGGUGGGAAGGCCGCUGGACAAACACGAGAGCUCCCUGGAGCUUUUGCUCAGAUAUUAUGAUCAGCUGUGUGCUGUGGAGGCCAAAUUUCCCUUCUCAGAAAACCAGCUGUGUUUAACCUUCACAUGGAAAGAUGCUUUUGAUAAAGGAUCACUGUUCGGCGGAUCUGUCAAGCUUGCUCUGGCGAGUUUGGGCUACGAGAAAACAUGCGUGCUGUUUAACGCUGCAGCUCUGGCCAGCCAGAUCGCAUCUGAGCAGAACCUUGACAAUGACGAAGGACUUAAAGCAGCAGCCAAGUACUUUCAGCUGUCCAGCGGAGCCUUUGGCCACAUCAAGGACACAGUUCUGACUGCACUGAACAGGGAGCCUCCCAUGGACAUCUGUCCAGAAACUGUUGGUGCCCUGCACCAGAUCAUGCUGGCUCAGGCACAGGAGGUCUUCUUUUUGAAAGCUGCCUCAGACAAAAUGAAGGAGGCCAUUGUUGCAAAGCUGGCCAACCAGGCAGCUGAUUUCUACGGAGAUGCAUUUAAGCAGUGCCAGUGCAAAGACAACCUCCCCAAGUAUUUUUAUUUUCAGGAAGUGCUGUCGGUGCUGGCAGAUAAGCAUUGCAUCAUGCAGGCCAAUGCUGAACUCUACCAGAGCGCUGUGGCCAAGCAACAGAAGCGUUUUGGGGAGGAGAUUGCACGUCUGCAGCAUGCAGCAGAGCUGGUGAAGACGGUGGCGUCUCGCUAUGAUGAGUACAUUAGCGUUAAAGACCUGAGUGAGAAAAUCAACCGAACCCUCCAGGCAGCCAAGAAGGAUAAUGACUUCAUCUACCACGAUCGGGUGCCUGGGACAGGUGACCUCCAGCAUAUCGGCAAGGCGACACUGGCCAAACCUACAGCCAUCACGCCUCCUCUGAGCCAGAAGUUUACAGACUUGUUUGAGAAGAUGGUUCCAAUGGCAGUGCAGCAGUCUCUGAGCAAUUACAACCAGAGGAAGACUGAGACUGUUAAUAGAAUGAUCGGCACGAUGAGGGAGGCCACCAAUCUCUGUAACGGUGUGUUGGCAUCACUCAACCUGCCGGCUGCUCUGGAAGACCUUUCUGGAGACUCAAUCCCUCAAUCCAUUGCUGAAAAAGCACGGGCCAUUGUGCAGCAAGGUGGACUGCAGAGCAUUGAGCAGCUUAUUAAAGAUUUGCCUGAGCUUCUAACUCGCAACCGAGAGAUCCUGGAUGAGUCCCUCAAGAUCCUCAAUGAUGAAGAGACGACAGACAAUGAGCUGAGAACGAAGUUUAACCAACGCUGGAACAGAACCUGUUCUGGAGACCUUUACAAGCCCCUUCGUGCAGAGGGCGCCAACUUCCGCAACAUUUUGGACAAGGCUGUACAAGCCGACCAAGUGGUCAAAGAGCGCUACAACACCCACUGUGAGAUGAUCGCGCUGCUGUGUAAACCAGAGAAUGAGCUGAAUGCAGCCAUCCCAUCAGCCAACCCCACCAGAUCACUCCAAGGCAGCGAGAUUGUGAACGUGCUGCGUGCCCAGCUUUCCCAGUUGGAUGAGGUGAAGAAGGAGAGAGAGAAACUUGAGGGGGAGGUCAAGUCUGCCACUUUCGACAUGUCCACUACCUUCCUGACGGCCCUUGCUCAGGACGGAGCUAUUAAUGAAGAGCAACUGUCGCUCACUCAGCUGGACCAGAUGUACGGCUCUCACAACCAGCGAGUGACUGCCAGUCUGUCGAGGCAGGAAGAACUGCUGGCACAAGUUCAGACGUCCCACCAGGAGUUCAGCCGUCUGAAGCAGUCCAACUCUGAGGCCAACCAGCGGGAGGAGGUUCUGAAAAAGCUGGCCUCUGCUCAUGACAGUUACAUCGAGAUCAGCAGCAACCUGCGUGAAGGCACCAAGUUCUACAACGACCUGACAGAGAUCCUGCUCAAGUUCCAGAACAAAUGCAGCGACAUUGUCUUUGCUCGCAAGACAGAGCGCGAUGAACUGCUCAAGGAGCUGCAGCAGAGUAUCGCGCGGGAGCCAAGUGCUCCAUCCUUCAACGUUCCUGCCUAUCAGAGCAACCCUGCUGCCCCUGCUGGUGGCCCGACUCCUGCACCGCGAACAGUUUUUCCGCAGCAACCUCCACCAGCCCAGCAGCAGCCCCAGCCAAAACCACAGCCCCCAUCUAGGCCCCCUCCACCCAACUUCACACCGCAAGGAGCAGCAACAGGUCCUACCGUUGUUCCCCCGGCAACAGCUGGCCCAUCCUCCAAUCCGCCUCCUGUGGCCCCGUCCCAAGCUCAAGGACCACCUUACCCUUCCUACCAGGGCUACCCAGGGUACUACCAGAUGCCCAUGAGCUACAACCCCUACGCAUAUGGCCAGUACAACAUGCCUAACAUGCCCAAUAUGCCCUUCAUGCCGUACCAGGCCGCUCCGGGGCCGAGUGGAUACCCUACACCGCCACCUGCUGGACAGCCUUAUCCUGGUUACCCUCAGCAGCCCCCUCAGCAGCAGCAGCCCUACUAUCCCCAGCAAUAACUCUCAUCUGAUCCACUUGUUAUUUCUCUUUCCCCCAGCAAUAACACUUCAUCUCAUCUUGAGUUUACUAACUGCAUAUUUCAGUAAGGGGAAGUCUGGAACGUUCCACAAAUCUUUUUUAUACCUCUCUUCUUAAUUCUCAUGGCACUUUUCCCCUGUACUCUCUAAAUGAUGGUUGAUGCACUAACUACUUCAGCUCUGAGGAUGAUCUUUUUUGUUGUUGUUUAGUGUACAACCUGAAUAAAUUCCUUGAAGCUGUAAGACGCCGAGCACCGAGGAACUCUGACUAGCCACACAAACGCACCAUCAGCCCUCUGUCAGUGCUUCUCAUUCUGCUGCACUCUUGUUUUUGUAAUGAACACUGGCGUCUGGCUGAUGUAAAAACCUCUGUAAACAAGGUUUUCUACUGUAGAUGACUUUUCUUCUCUGCUACUUUUCUCCUUCACCCAGGGAAGGUUGGGGUGUUUCUGUGUAACAAUCAGAGUUCUGUAAUGGUGGGAGCUUCUAUUACAUGGAUGUGUAUGUAUAAAUAAGACACUUUAUGGACAACAAAA